AAACCCUAGGGAGCCCUGUUAUACUCAUAUCUAAAGGCUGAAGGUUCCGUUCCGUGAAGAAGUCCCAUUUGCUGCAGACGGAAGAUCCGCGAAGAAGUUCCAAUGGGGAGAAGGCCAGCAAGGUGUUACCGCCAGAUUAAAAACAAGCCAUACCCAAAGUCAAGGUACUGCCGUGGUGUGCCUGACCCAAAGAUUAGGAUAUAUGAUGUGGGAAUGAAGAAAAAGGGAGUGGAUGAGUUCCCCUUCUGCGUACAUUUGGUCAGUUGGGAGAAGGAGAACGUCUCGAGUGAGGCCCUUGAAGCUGCCCGAAUUGCUUGCAACAAGUACAUGACCAAGUUUGCAGGAAAAGAUGCCUUUCACCUUAGGGUUAGGGUUCACCCUUUCCAUGUCCUUCGUAUUAAUAAGAUGUUAUCGUGUGCUGGGGCUGAUAGGCUCCAAACGGGAAUGAGGGGGGCGUUUGGCAAGCCACAGGGUGUCUGUGCCCGUGUUGCCAUUGGACAGGUUCUUCUUUCCGUUCGCUGCAAGGAUUCCAACAGUCAAAAUGCACAAGAGGCUUUGCGCCGUGCCAAGUUUAAGUUCCCUGGUCGCCAAAAGAUCAUUGUUAGCCGAAAAUGGGGUUUCACAAAGUUCAACCGUACUGAUUAUUUGAACUACAAGAAGGAAGGCCGCAUCAUGUCUGAUGGUGUCAAUGCUAAGCUUUUGGGAUGUCACGGACCUCUUGCAAAACGCCAGCCUGGAAAAGCAUUUAUCGAUGCAGCAGCUUAAUCAUUUUGUUUUGUUUCACAAGACUCUUGAGCAAAAGUCUAUCCCUAUGGCACGCUAUGAUUUUAUUUCAUUCGAGCAAAUAUAUCAAGACAUUACUUUAUGAAUUUAUGUCUUUAGUGGGUUGGUGUUGGUUUCACAGUAUUGAAGACUUUGAUGCGUUUGCUAGUUAUCAUAUUUCAAUGGUCGUCUUCUUGCCUUUGCCUUGUAUAUUAUAUAUUACUACCAUUAUUGUUGGAAUAUCUAUACUGGAACUAAUAUGCAAUCAUUUAUAAUGCAAGAUGGAAAUUUUGAUUUCUUACGCUGAGUUGCGUUAUAAUAAUAAAAAUGAACUUUUGAUUUCGUGCGCUGAGUUGCGUUAUAAUAAUAAAAA